GAUGCAACCAGCGCCAUAGAUUUACUGGUUCCUCAUUUUAGCGACGGGAAUGUGCUUAGGUGGCCACCUUGUAAGCAUCAGUCUCGACAAGAAUCGUAUGCCGUGCUAACAAGUUUAAAGGCGUUCCGUGCGGCAUUCGACCCAAGGGUUAAAGCGGCAGUCUGCUUCUUUGCAACCGAUAUUCAUACUGCAACAUUGGGGAAGGGAGACGACUCGCUGGAAAAGGUCAAAAAUGGUGCCCUCACAGGUACAGAUAAAGCUGAACUGGUGGUAAGGGUGAUGGAUCAUGUUUCCAGCAUGUUGAAAAUUCUUCAGAUGAUAUUUGGCAAGCAAGACACUCAUGUCCCACGAGCAGGACGUGAUCUCAUAAGGAAAACAUUAGAAGAUGCAGAUGUAACUUGUUCGUUCCUUGAAGUGCAGGCACAGCAUGCAUUCAUUCGGGACGAGUCCAGCAAAGGGAGAUGGGAUGCAGCAUUGACUCGUAAUUUGUUUGGGUUCAUGAUGGAGGUAUUCCAGCGUCGUAUCUCCAUUGACCUUGGUGACGCCGGGGCCCCCUCUAAAAUCGAGCAUGUAUGCCGGGAGCAACUCCAUCUUGUUUCUAACCCCAACUGCAACCUCUCACAAAACACCUCAAAACCCUCUAAAUCCUCCUCUUCUCUCUCAUCUUCUUUUAUCCUCCUCUCCAUGUCCGAAACCGUGACCGCCAACGUCCCCGACUCUGGCUCAACGCUAACGACCAGUACAAAAAUAGGAGCCGGUUCAUCACAAGCUGGUGGUGAUCAGCCACAGUCUCGUUCUGGCAGCCCCAGAUCUGUCCCAGGUGUCGCCAAAGCAUAUACAAGCAUCCUUCAACAGCUUGUUGCAUCUUCACCUACCUCCCCUACGUCGCCCUCCGCACCAUCGAAUCAUACAAUCAUUCGACUACUUAUUUCUCACAACCUUAUGGGAACCAUCAUCGGCCGUAAUGGACUAAAAAUUAAGCACAUCCAAGACUCGUCUGGUGCCCGUAUGGUUGCUCAAAAGGACAUGCUUCCUCAAUCAACCGAGCGCAUUGUCGAAGUCCAAGGUUCCCCGGAAGCGAUCGGUAAAGCAAUCGAAGAGAUUGGGAAAUGUUUACUCGAGGACUGGGAGCGUGGGCUUGGUACCGUACUUUAUCAACCAGGUGCUGGUGGCCCAGAUGCUCUUACAACCAUCCUGGCGGGCGGUAGCUCUCGUCGCAGUUCCUAUGCAAACCCCGGUCUGGCUGCCGCAGUCGCUGAUGCAGGUCGUCGUGUAUCACUUGUCGACUUUAGUCCCGCGAAUGGCCGUUCUACCAACGGAACUAGCGCCUUGGGCUCAGGAGUGGCGUCAUCCCUUCCUUCCUCUGGUCCAUCAGCUCAAGGCAACUCUGCCCCUGCUCCCGCCACGACUGGCCAGCAGAUGCGUACCCAAAGCAUCUCCAUUCCGUCCGACAUGGUCGGGUGCAUCAUCGGUCGUGCAGGUACCAAAAUCACUGAAAUUCGCAGACUGUCUGGGAGCAAGAUCUCCAUCGCAAAAGGGCCCCACGACGAAACGGGUGAACGCAUGUUUACCAUUGUUGGUACACCCGAGUCCAACGAAAAAGCUCUCUACCUGCUCUAUAACCAGUUGGAGAGCGAGAAGGAGAGGAGGGUUGGGCGUGAACUUGCUCAGCAGCAACAAGCCGAAGUCGGCCAAUAA